AAUGGAAACCCCGAAAAACGCAGGGACCAACCGUUGCGGAUCAUCCUCCCCUGCCGCGCGUGGGUGUUGUCUUCUUCCCCUCCACUCCACAACCCGCGCCCCUCGCCUCCGCCGCCUCGCCGGAAUCGAAGCCGCCUCCUCCCCUCUCCCGCUCUCACCGGACGGCACCGAUCCGUUCCCUGCUCCUGUCUCCACCGUUCUACUCGCCUCGAAAGGGAGGGGGGAGGAUGUGGUCGUCGAGCCAGGCGAGCACGAGGGGCGUGAUUGAGGUGGGGAGGGUGGAGGCGGGGCCUUCCCAUUUCCCCAAGAGGCCCGCGCCGCGGAAUUCCUCCAGGGUCAAUCUGUCAAGGACAUAUGCAAUUAAAUCUUGUUCAGUGAGUAGCCGUACAGGGCUUUGCCUUGGACAAUGUUAUCAUAAGAAGUCUUCUGCUUGCAAAUGCAAGUUGGGAUGGUCUUCUCAACCACUGUCUAGCUUGAGGCAUCACUUAAGAGUACAUUCAUCAGCAUCGGAGGCGGUUCUUACUUCCCAAUCUGAUUUCACAAAACUUCUUGUUGGGAAUGAAAAAAUUGGUGUUCUCUUGCUGAAUCUUGGAGGUCCAGAGACCCUUGAUGAUGUGCAGCCUUUCUUGUUUAAUCUAUUUGCUGAUCCGGACAUUAUCCGUCUUCCUAGAUUGUUUCGCUUUCUUCAGAAGCCAUUAGCACAAUUUAUAUCUGUUGUAAGAGCACCAAAGAGCAAGGAAGGCUAUGCAUCCAUCGGUGGUGGUUCUCCUCUUCGUCAAAUUACUGAUGCACAGGCUGAAGCACUGAGGAAAGCAUUAUGUGAUAAAGAUAUUCCUGCCAAGGUGUAUGUUGGAAUGCGUUACUGGCAUCCAUUCACUGAGGAAGCUAUAGAACAAAUAAAACGGGAUGGCAUCACAAAACUUGUUGUACUUCCUCUGUACCCCCAGUUCUCCAUAUCAACUAGUGGUUCAAGUCUCCGUUUACUGGAGGGCAUAUUCAGAGAGGAUGAGUAUCUGGUGAAUAUGCAGCAUACAGUUAUACCUUCCUGGUAUCAGAGGGAGGGAUAUAUCAAGGCUAUGGCAACUUUGAUUGAGAAGGAACUGCGAACAUUUUCAGAACCCCAAAAGGUUAUGAUAUUUUUCAGUGCCCAUGGAGUUCCUCUGGCAUAUGUAGAAGAAGCUGGUGAUCCAUACAAAGCAGAGAUGGAAGAGUGUGUGGAUCUUAUCAUGGAGGAACUCGAAAAAAGAGGAAUAACAAACUCAUGCACACUUGCCUAUCAGAGCCGAGUGGGGCCAGUUGAAUGGCUGAGGCCCUACACUGAUGAGACAAUUAUCGAGUUGGGGCAGAAAGGGGUGAAGAGCCUUCUAGCUGUUCCCAUCAGUUUUGUCAGUGAACAUAUUGAAACUUUGGAAGAAAUCGAUGUAGAAUACAAGGAGUUGGCUUUAGAAUCCGGCAUCAAGCACUGGGGACGAGUUCCUGCAUUAGGUUGUGAACCCACGUUCAUAACAGAUCUUGCCGAUGCUGUUAUUGAAAGCUUGCCUUAUGUUGGUGCUAUGGCAGUUUCAAACCUUGAAGCUCGACAGCCACUGGUGCCACUUGGGAGUGUGGAAGAACUGCUAGCGGCGUACGACUCGAAACGCGACGAGCUGCCCCCUCCAGUGACUGUAUGGGAGUGGGGCUGGACGAAGAGCGCGGAGACCUGGAAUGGACGGGCUGCUAUGCUGGCCGUGCUGGCUCUCCUAGUGCUGGAGGUGACAACCGGAGAAGGGUUCUUGCACCAGUGGGGCAUCCUGCCUUUGUUCCACUGAGCCGAUGGCCCUCUUCAGGUCAGCUCUUUUUGAGGUGAUCUAAUCAUAAUUUUGAUUCAUAUGGAUAAUUUCCCGAUGCUGUAUACGAAUGGAAAAAGAAAGAAUAUUAACUGAAUUUGACUACGCACCACAUUACCCAUGUUGUACAUAUGAAAUAUUCUACGGACUCUUAGUACGAAGAUUAACAAAUUGAACACUGGCAAAACGCCUGGUUUCCCAAGGCAGAGACAUGAUAUUUGUGUUUGGCCAUCUGGGUUUAAGAGAUGGGAUUUUGCUGUUGAUUGCGUGGUGGGGGCUGCGGCAGGGUUAAUCUUAUCAUGAAGGCUUUAAUCUUAUCAUGCAAAAGAAGACGGAAAGGAAGACAACAACAGAAGCACCGCGAAGUUAGGCUGUGAACCACUCUGCAUGCACGAUUACCUGUAUCGCAACAAUUUCACCUCCUGUGAUAGUAAAGGGAUUUCUCGGCUGGGCAGUGGGCACUCAUACAGUUCACGGUCUAUGAUAUCAAGUACUACUAUACUAGACCAUUUUCGUCUAAGUAAUUUUAUCUAGGGGCAUAAUGACUUACUGCAAUUAGUUGUAGCUUAAGGGCCUUUUCUGAGAGCUUCGGACAGCUGUAUCUACUAGCUAAUUCUAGAAUCUUUCAGCUCCUUAAAUUGUCUA